AUGUCGGAAACGAAUGAGGAUUUACUUACCUAUGACUUGGGCAAUGACGAUCCUGUCAUCCUUAACGAGGAUGAGCUUUUGCUGUCCGAUGAAGAGGGUGGCAUCAAACUGGACCAGCAGGACGAGGAGUUUCUGCUGAGCGAAACGGAAGAGUGGGUGAGCAAACAGCUCGCAACUAAAGAAAGUGAACAGUCUAAUGCCGGCAGUAGCGAGCCGCAUCGAAAAGAUGACCGGAAAUCGGGCGAGCUUGUGCGCCGGCACACAGACACAAAGGAACAACAACACGCUGAGCCUGCGGUGAACAAUACUAGUGAAACCGUUCGUGAAACACACGCCCAAGCGGCGGCGGUGGUUGAUGCUAAUCCUUCUGUUGAACAGAGUCAGCCACACGUUGAAAAUAACGUUGCGAGCAAUGUUAAACAAACUAGCCAAGCCACGGCAGUGGAACGAGAUGUGGAUGCGAGUUGCGUAGAAACGACGAUGCCUUCGACGACCGAGGCUGAACUUGAAACAACUGCGAGUGGUGCGAUUAUUUUAAACAGCCAGGAAGUGAACGUAUCUGUGACCGAUUCGAACCAGAGUCAGCCACAGAGACCGUCUCAUCUCUCGCGGGAAGAUGGUCCGAACGCUUCCACCAUCUACGCAUCACCGCUACGUUCCAAGGCGGAGAGCGACACUACGUCCCCGAUGACUUCGAGCGGUGGAACACAACGUUCGAGUCGGAGCACUAUCGCCGCCAGCCAACAGUGUGAUACCACGUCCACGGAGGAUGUGUUGGAUUCUUACACGAGCACCCAGGAGCUCGAUCCCUCGUACGAUACGGAUGAGUCGAGUGAAAAGCGUGGCUGGAAGAAUGAGACCAAGGGCGACAUGCGGCACCCAAUGUCGUCGCAAGGCCAGCAACACCAGCAUGGUCCACCUGGAACGGGCAUGAACCGCGGGCCGGGACAAUACGGCAAGCCGGGCAUGAAGCAUCCGCUCUUGCCUCCGCAGCAGCAACAACCACCACAUUCCGGUAUGGGCGCUCCCAGUCUUCUCGGUCUGCAAGGUCCGAAUAGCUUCGGUGGCCCGCUGCAACAUCCUGGUGCACGGAUGGAUUUCCGGCAGGGUGUCCAUAGGCCACGGUUUCCCGUUCGUCCCAACUUUCCCGGCGACAUGAAUCCAUUCCGUGGUAUGCCUGGACGAAUGAACUUUCAGCAACAUCCAGGUCCUGGCAUGCACCCGGGAGUGGUUGGUCCGCCGGGACACAUGCCGCAGGGUAUGGGAAUGCUAGGACCUCACCGUGGUUUCCCGCCACGGGGCCACCCGCGAUAUGAUAUGGUUCGGUCGAUGCGACCCGGCGAACACCAUGGCUUCGAGGCAGGUGGAAUGCGUCAGCACCCGCUUGGGGGUGGUGGAGCGAAUGGGCCACAGAUGUUUCGCUCGAAUGGACCACCAAAUGGACCGGCCGGCGGAGGAAGCACUGGACCAGUACAGGGUGCUCCUGGGAUUGCUGCAGGCCCGAACGGACCGUAUGCUCCCGCGACUGGACCAGGAGUUCCUCCGCAAUCGGUGGGCUCCCUCGCUGCAUCGACGAACGCUGGCGGGGCCCCACAGUCGCUACUUUCCGGUACGUUCGAUCCCAUGACCGUCGGAGGUGGAAGUGCAGCGAGUGCAACGAACAAGGUCAUUAUCCAGACGCCGGCCGCCGUUGCUGCUUUCCCGCAAAAAGUUCUCAUCAACCCUAAUUUUAAAGGUGGCGUCGAAGCGGUUAAGAAUCAGCUUAUGCGCGACGCAGCUCUGAACCCCCAGUUUGUGGCAAGCGUCGGACCCCCGCGUGUGGUCAGCGACGACGAGCUGCUGCGGCAGCAGGAGGAGUUUAUUAACAAGAACCGGAUCGAGGUGGAAAAGCGCCGACACGAGCGGUCACCGUCUCGGGAGCGCGAUCGUGAACGUGAUCGCGAACGUGAGCGCGAGCGGGAUCGAGCACGUUCGCGUGAACGCGAGCGUUCCCGGGAGCGGGAACGUGAACGAGAGCUGCGUGAGCGGGAACGCGAACGGGACCGUGAUCCACGGCCACGAUCGCGCGAGCGGUCUCGAGAACGCGAGCGGGAACGGGAGCUUAGACCGAGAUCCCGUGAUAGGGAGCGCGAUCGAGAGUAUUCACCGCGACGCCACCGGGAACGGGCGGGAAGCCGGGACCGGGAGCUGGGACGUCCAAGGAGAAACUUUCCGCGCAGCCGCAACGCCAGCCGUGACCGGGACGAUGACAGCAGGUACCCGAAACGCCGAAAGAGUGGCGAUUAUGGAGAAAACCAUCGCGGUAAUCAUGAUCGACAUGACGACGACGAAGACCCGGAAACGAGGGCCUACCGCAUGGAGAUUGAAAAGCAAAAAGCCACACGGGAAAAGAUGUUGCGCGAGAAAGAGAUGCGCCGAAAGCGGGCAGCAGAAGAGAAGCUCAAGAACCGGGCUAAUGAGAGUAAACCUCAGGAGAACACUCCGCCAAAGCUAACGCCGCUGGUCGUGACGGAUAAGAAAAUAAUAUUGAAAAAGAAAACAGAACCGGCACCGGAGGAGUCACGUCGCCAGCCGGCCGACGACCGUUCACAAAGUAACGCGAGCAGUCGAUCACGGCCGGCGGAAGUUGAGCAGCCCCACUCUAACGACGACGAGUUGGGAAGCCGGCAGCGCAAAAACAGCGAGCUCAACUCGGAAGCCGUCGAGUUGGAUCUACUCGAGGAGUUGCUCCUGCGGGAACCGACCCCGGAGCCGAUGCCGACGAGACCGAAGGUGACGACCUCCUCCAGCCAGGUCACCACCACAAGUGCACCGACCGCCGUGGUACCGGCGACUUCGUCCAGCCUGACUGGCACGGGUGGAGCGGGCAGCAUUUCGAGGGAACGGAACGCCGUAACCGGAACUAGCAGCAGCAGCAGCAGCAGCAACAACAACACCAUCAGCGGAGGUGGAAGCAGUCGCAGGAUCGUACUGAAGCCGAUGGCGGAGAAGAAGGAGCGGGAAAAUGCAGCGACAUCCCACCAUUACCACCAUCAUCAUCAUCAGCAACAGUCGCAGGGCAAGAAGUCACGCAUUUUCGACCGUCUGGACAAGCGCAUCGGCGUCAACGAAGCCGAUAAACGUAAAAUUGAAAGGUUAGUCAAGCCUAAUUAACCGUCUUGUUCCAUAUCCAGACACACACAACACACAAACACACCUAUGCAUACAUAUUCACUUGUCGUACACAACCGCCACCAUUGUCCUGCUCUCCACACGCUUUUUUUCCCACGGAGGUUGUUCUUGCGACUGUCGGGAAAUGGCUGAGUGAGCCGCGUGUGUGUUUGACAAAAUAUUUGGAUUUAGAUGUCUUUGCGAAAGAUUUGCAAACUAUUUCCCUUCAUCUGAUUGCCAUGGUGCAACAGGCACUUCCCCCAUGUCGCUCCAUUCGAGGCGGCCAAUCGCAGAGUUAAGAAGUGCCGGAAAAGUGUAUAAGAAAAAUUAACGGGAGAAAAAAAGGAUAAGCGAUCCCUCCUCCUCCACAAACAAAAGAACAAACACACAUUAAUCGUAUAGUAAUUUAGGCUGAAAGUAGAUUUACGUUUAAGUAGGCUGAACAGUAUGUGUGCGAAGAAUGGUCCAUUCAGGCCUGCUUUUCUAAUUAAUUUUGGAAAAGUUAUUAUAUUUUUUUUUUUUAGUCUAGUUCAAACUCAUACUGUCCAUUUGUUUUAUACACCGCUGAUUUGGGACAUUUGCGAUAACGCUGCUUUGUUUAGUGAAGUUUUUUUCUACUUCUUUUUUUCAAUGUUAUAAUUUCUUAUAUUUUUCAUACACAACAUACAACUGCGCGAAUAUUAUGUUCGUUGUUAUUAGUCAAAAAGUUUGUAUCUAAUUAUCUGAAUUUUGUGUGGAAAAUUUGUGUUUAUGUCUUGGAACAUUUUUCCCAAAUCUGCCAAGUUUUCUAAAUAUUUUUUUAACAUCUGACCACGGUUCCAUAUACGGACAGCUACCAUUUUAUACCAUAGAAAACUUGACCACUGUACUCACUGACGACCAUGUGACCUGAAACAACACCAUCCGCGUGGUGUUGUGGGUGGUCACGGUUUUACAUCCUGACCAAAUUGACUACUAUACACCUAUUCAUAAUCACGAAGAAUAUCCGUACUAUUAUUAUUUUCUUAAAUGUUACGUUUUAUGUCCGCUGAUGCGACUUUUCUAUCCGUUUUGCAAUACAACUGAUUCAAAAUUGUACAUCUACCUACUUAGGGAAGUAAACAUUUCUGUAUGACUUAUGAUUGUGUAUAGGACCUAACGUUUGUGUAUAGGGUUUAGAGAAACAAAACAGUUUGUGCUGAGGGUUUGCGUAGGGUUUGUUUCAUCUAUUUCUUUAGAUUUAAUUAGGCCAACUAAUUCCGAU